AUCUCCUUUUUUCCUGUCUUCCUUACUCUGUUGUAUCUGUGACUUGUCCUAUUCUGCUACAUCCAGAAAGAAAGAAAGAGAAAAAGAGAGAUUUCAAAAAUCAAACUUCAAUGAAGAAGAAGAAACAGCAGCAUUUUUUAGGAAAACUAGGCAUGAAUCGGCUCAUACCCAUUUGGGUUUUUACUUACAUUUCGAUCAUUUCCAUAUGUUUCGCCAGAUUGGAACCUCCAAUUCCUUCCAUAGCCGACCCUGUUCUACCUACUGAGAAACAACUGCCCUUUCCUCAAAUUUCACCUCAGAUGGAACCUGAGGUCAGAAUUGUUCAUCACCAGGACCUGAACAAGAAAAUUCUUGUAGCACUUGUUGUUGCCUCAAGUCUUCUUGGUGGAACUUUGUUGUCUAUGUUUUGUUUAUGGAUUUGCAAGGAGAAAUUCUUGAAUUCAACUAAAUCUAAACAGAAGCAACAAAACCAAUAUGAUGCUCCUCCUUUGAAAGGAAAACCAGUGGUGGGUCCAAUUAUGAGUAGAUUCAACUCUUUGAAAAUUGGUGGUAAAAAGACAGGUUCGAUUGCUUUGAUGGAUUAUGAGUUGUUAGUAGCUGCAACCAACAAUUUCGAGGAGAAUAAUGUUAUUGGCAAGGGGAGAUUCGGUCAUGUCUACAAGGCUUGUUUCAAUAGCUCACUUUCUGCUGCUGUCAAAACAUUUGAACAUGGAGAUUUCGAUGCUCAAAAGGAAUUUCAGCAGAAAGAGGUUGAUUGGUUAAGUAAAAUCCAACAUCACAACAUAGUUUCUCUUUUGGGUUACUGUAUUCAUGGCCAGACACGAAUUCUGGUCUACGAAAUGAUGCAUAACGGUUCCUUGGAUUUCCAUUUGCAUGGACCAUCCCAAGGAUCAGCUUUGACAUGGCAUGUGAGAAUGAAAAUUGCUUUGGAUAUAGCAAGAGGAUUGGAAUUUCUUCAUGAGAACUGUCACCCUGUUGUGAUUCAUAGAGACAUUAAAUCUUCCAACAUCCUUUUGGAUUUAAAUUUCAAUGCUAAGAUUUCUCAUUUUGGCCUUGCCAUAAGUGGGGGAACAACAAAUAAGAACAAUGUGAAGCUUCCUGAAACAACCCCGGGUUAUGUUGCACCUGAGUACCUCUCAGAAGGGAAAUUGACUGACAAGAGCGAUGUGUAUGCGUUUGGGAUUAUACUUUUGGAGCUUCUUAUGGGAAGGAGGCCAGUGGAGGAAACUUCAGAGUUCAUAGUCAACUGGCAGGCGAUGCCUCAGCUAACUGAUCGAACAAAGCUUCCAAAAAUUGUGGAUCCAGUGAUUCAGAACACGAUGGACGUUAAACAUUUGUACCAAGUUGCUGCUGUGGCUGUGUUGUGUGUACAACAGGAACCAAGUUAUAGGCCUUUGAUAACCGAUGUUUUGCAUUCCCUCAUUCCACUUGUGCCGCUUGAACUUGGAGGUUCGUUGAGAGUCCAAGAAACCGCGUAAAUCAUGAUCUGAAAUAACCGAGCCAUAUGGUUCCACAACAGUUGACUUUAACUCACUUGUUUCUACUAAAAAAUAUUUACCUGAUGUAUAUUUUUGCUUGGAGAUUUACAUUUGAUUUUAUGAUGCAUGUCUGUCUUUAAAGUUAGAAGAAAUUGAAAGGAUUAUUGAU